UAUCUUUCUCUUUUUUUUUCUUUUUUUUUACUCAGCAAAAAUGAUAGGAUUGGAAAGCCGGUUUUUUCAGUUGAUAUUGGACAAGGUGUUCAAUACGACGGUAGUGACAACCAGUUUAAUGGUGUAUUCCAGCCGAGACAAACGCUUGAUUUUAUCAGGCGUAGGUCUGGGAUUCUUUAUUAAUGUGAUGCUUCAUCUUUUAAAUUUACAAGUGAACACAACCUUUCAACUGUUCAAUUCUCUCUUUAUUGCAGUGUUGUCAACAAGCAUUGGAUGGAAUAUCCUAAAAAAGAAACAUGAUGUCACUGCACGGCUAUUAUUGUUAUUGUUACCUACUUGUUUCAUGAUCAAUCAAGGCUUAGGUGUCAGCCAUCGUAACCCUCAACAUACGGUUGUCAUGACAAUGAUUAGUGUUGUAUUGUGCGCAGGGUUUGGAAUUGCCUAUUAUGCUACACUCACGCAUUUCUCCAAACGUGUGCAGACAGCGUGUUGUAGUAUUGUGGUGUAUCUCACUGGGGCCAUUGCUGUCUCUAAAUUAUUUGGCUCUGUGGAACAAAUCCUGCACCCGCCUAUUCAAAAUCUGGUGUUUAUUAUUCGGGGACAAUCCAAUGACAAUCUCCUACGUUUGCUAUUUGGCACUUCGGACUGGAAUGGGACUGGGUAUAGUGUGUAUUGGUUCAUGAUUUCAGUUUAUUUAAUCUACCAGUGUAAAAAAUAAUAAAAAGGGGAACUUAUUGAAUGGCAU